GGGGUCGUCGCCGCGGACCGCAUCCGUCACCUCUUUCUAAGCUUGGCGCCUAUAAAUGGCCGGAUGCCCGUGAUCUUCCUCUCCACCACCCGCGCAUGUGGCAUGCAGUUGAUCCACGAUAGCUACUUUGUACGCAACGUGACAUUGCAAUGGACAUGAGCACUGCCAACACCGAUCUGCCUCCGUCUUCCGGCAAGACAAACUUCCUCAAGACUUGUUUCAAUGGAAUCAAUGCGCUCUCAGGGGUUGGGCUGCUCUCGAUUCCAUACGCACUGUCUCAGGGCGGAUGGCUGAGCCUGAUCGUCUUCAUGGCCAUCGCCGUCAUCUGCUUCUACACCGGGCUUCUCCUGCAGAGGUGCAUGGACUCCAGCUCGCUCGUCAACACCUACCCGGACAUCGGAGCCCACGCCUUCGGCCGGAAGGGCCGCGUCAUCGUCGCCACCUUCAUGCACCUCGAGCUCUACCUCGUCGCCAUCGACUUCCUCAUCCUGGAGGGGGACAACCUGCACAAGCUCUUCCCGGCGGCGAGCUUCCGGCUCGGCGCGCUCCGUGUCAGCGGGAAGCAGGCGUUCGUGCUGGCGGCCACGCUGGCCGUGCUGCCGACCACUUGGUUCAGCAGCCUCAACGUGCUCGCCUACGUCGCUGCCGGCGGUGCGCUGGCGUCCCUUCUUCUCAUCGCCGCCGUCUUGUGGGUCGGGGUGUUCGACGGCGUCGGGUUCCGCGAGAGGGGCAGGCUGGUGCGUUGGGACACCAUGCCCAGCGCCAUGAGCUUGUAUUCCUUCUGCUUCAGUGGCCAUGCCGUGUUUCCCAUGCUAUACACGGGGAUGAAAGACAGGAAGAGGUUCCCCAUGGUGCUGUCCCUGUGCUUCAUCGUGAGCACACUCAGCUACGGCCUGAUGGGCAUCGUCGGGUACCUGAUGUACGGCGACACGCUCAAAUCCCAGAUCACCCUCAACCUCCCGUCGGCGAGCGUGGCCGCCAAGGUGGCCAUAUACACGACGCUGGUGAACCCGCUGGCCAAGUACGCGCUGGUGGUCGCCCCCGUCGCCGAGGCCGCCGAGGGCGCGCUGGGCGUCGGCAAGAGCGCGCCGCUCCGCGCGCUCGUCAGGACGGUGCUCGUCGUCGGCACGGCUGUAGUCGCGCUGGCCGUGCCCUUUUUCGCCGACGUCGUGGGCCUCACAGGCGCUCUCCUCAGCUGCACGGCGACUAUGCUGCUGCCGUGCCUCUGCUACCUCAAGGUCCGGUCAAAGAUCGGCGGUGACAAGGGUAUGGGGCUGGAGACUGCAGCUUGCCUGGCCAUUGUCGCGAUUGGCACCGCGAUUGUUGGGCUGGGAACCUACAGUUCCGUGAAGCAAAUUGUACGCAAGUUAUGAUUAACACAAGCAAAACCUGGGGGGUGGGAGCUUACCGCGGUGAAAACUUACGGACUGGAGUUUUUCUACUAAUUCUCCUCUGAAUUUAGCUUGGGCCUUCUCCUCUUUCA